UUUGCAUAGUCCAAAUUAUUUGUUUUAUGUACGGUCCAAUGAGUGCCACGAACAAAGAAAUCGGCGAAGCGAGCUUGACAGCAGAGCAAAUUAGACACAGACACCAAUAUGAUUUCCUCAUAAUGUUAUUAGAAAGAUGCGACAGUUCCCCAAGGGAGACGAAAAGCGAUUACUCCCUGACCCGCAUCAAUUUCAAUUCCACGGAAGAGUUGGAUGCUUCCAUGGCCGAUUCGCUGCCCACCGCGUUGACUGUGACUCGCCUACCUGCCGGAGCAACUUGCAGCUGUCGUUCCAUUUCGGAACGCUCGGAAUCCGCUGCCAUCGUCUCGGAAUCAACGCAAACCAUCGCUUCCACCGAGGACAUGGGCACUCAAACCGGCUUCCAGACGGUUCCCAAUGAGGAUUUCAAUUUUGGCCAAGAUGCAUCCACGCAAUCUAUGCUUAAUAUGCAGGAUGCAGGAACACAACCGAUUCCAGUAUCGACCGAAAACCUUAACAGCAUACAAACACAAACGGAAUAUAAAGAACCAAAGACUGUCAGAUUUCCGCCGAAAAAAUAUUCAAAGACUGUGCAUGAAGAAGAAAAACCUAGAAAAUCGUUGCGCAAAUGUUUCUUUAAGCGCCCACUAAUCGUAGUUAAAGGCGACACUCUUAUAUCUCCCGAUUUUUUCCAUCAAAGUAGAAUGGAGAACGGAUCAGUCACUACUAGAAAAGAAGAUAAAGAAACCCAAUAUGAAAACCAUUUCGGGACACAAUCAAAUAGUUCCGACGAUAAGCCUUCAAAUCCUUCGACGUGUUCAAAAAUCCUCGAUAGAGUACAGAAAUUGGAAACCAUAAUGAAGAGACAGGAGCUUUCUCUAAGGGAUCUACAGGGCUCUGUGAAAUCGUGGAAGGUCCAGGAAUGCAAACCCUCUGAUUGUAGGAUCAUAUUUCAAGGUCAACCGCAGGCAUGCGAAUUGCCAAAAAAACUAGAAACAUCUGAUCAGGCAUCCCAGAUAAACGAUAUAGACGAGGAACGCAAAUUGCCAAUAAAACCGGAAGUUUUUAACCAGGCAUCCCAGAAAAAAUAUACAACUCGUUCCGAGGAACAAAAGUUGCCAAUAAAACCUGAACCUUUUAACCAGGAAUCCCAGAAAAUAUAUACAGCUCGUUCCGAGGAACGCAAAUUACCAAGAAAACCUGAAAAAAUUGACCAGGCUACACAAAAAAAAGAUACAGCUAGUUGCGAGUGCAAAACGCUAUCCAAAGAAUUUCUUCAAAUAUUUAUGAAGCCUGAAACUGCUCAAGACGAACAGAAAUCAAAUAAUUCUCAACGCACCAGGGAUACCCCAGUAAGCUCGGAAAAAUCAACUGGUCUACAAUUCAGUAGGGAAAGUAAUGUAAAUAAUCGGAGGUGUUCUAAGGCGAAUGAACAUGAAGUAUCUCUGAAAGAUGCCCAACUCCCAACUGCUACACAAUAUUUGAAAGAUUCCGAAAGUUUGCUGGAACAAUUUAAUCGAGUUUUUGCUAAAACAAAAAGCGAAGAAACAAUUUGCGACAAGCCUAGAAAUAUUUCAGAAUCUAAACAAAUCGGUAGGCCAACAUCCGCUUACCCUGCAGAUCCCACGAAACAAAAUGAUACUGAACAAAGGGUUGAAAACUUACUCGAUGAAUUUGUUAAAUUUGUUAAAGAACCCAAAGGCGAUUCACUAGGUGCAAGAAAGGUUUCCUCCACAUCUUGCUUGGAGUCGAAAAGUUCCAGACAAUCCAAUAAAACUGAGGAGAAAGAAGUAUACAAAUCCUUGAUUGAGCAGCUUAUAAGUCAUUUCACAAAAUCCAAGUCGUGUGAAAAUAAUCAGGCGCGGAAGGCCCAAUCAGAGUCCUCUUCAGUCGAUCGCUUACUGGCGGAAUUCGUAAAAAUGUUUAAGAGAUCCAACAGCCUGGAGGAGGACAGACCCAAAAAGGUGAGCUUCAAUUGUUCGAAAGCUCCUCAAAAUGUUAAAUCCACUGCAAUGCAAUCGGAACCUAAGAUGUCGGAUAUGGAGUUGGAUGCGAACGGACGUAGCGGUUUCCGUCAACUAGAAGGAAAAUCUAAGCCAAGUGCAAUUUUUAGGAACACCCAGAGGAUGGAUAAGUCGUCGCCACAUGGAUGUCAAUACUGUGGCGAUGACAGUCUGCCCAUUCUGGAUUCCUUGAUGGAUGAAGUAUAUCGGCUGAUUGGGCCGAGGCCCUUCGAUGAAGUGGUCCUGACCAUACUGCGUCAAGAGGAUAAUGUCUACCACAUCAAGGUGCGUGAGAUGGCUACCGGAAAGGAUCUAGGCUGCAUUCUGGGAAGUCGAGGGGCCAUCAACCAAGCUAUCGCGAUAGGAUUAUUCGAGGACAUUCACACGUUCUGUGAGCUGGACAAAAACAGGCAGUACGAUCCCAGGGACUGUCCACUGGGCACCGGUCUGGACGAACUUUGCCGUCGACAGUGCGGCGGAGAGCUUGCACCAGAUGGAAGUGCCGACAAGCAAAGAGUCGUCGAAUUUUGCACUCGUGUGCUGGGUCUGCCCGCUGGUCAAGCGGACCGCUUCUUCUCCGUGACCAACGCCCUAAAAAUGGACCCAUCAUUUGAUUUCUCCAGUUCAUUGCUCCGUCAUGCCGAAAAUCUAGAACCCACUGGUCAAGGAGCGGAUUUGAGCGAUGUGGUCAAGACAUCCAGUUUAUUCCUACGCAUAAUUUCUGGCCAGUGUAAUGACGUUCAAGAUGAUGAAGAGGAUUCAUCAUAUGGAUUCGAUAGCAAUAAUGCACCUUAGCUUUGUUACCAUUUAAAUUUCGCAUAAGAAUUUGUAACAAAAUUUUUAUAGAAAAUUUUAAUGAAAAUAUAUUGUCUUAUUUUA